UAGCACUUUGCGUAGGUAUUAAAAAAUUUAAAUUAUUUAUGCAAAAUAUUUGUAAAAUUAAAGAAUACUAGUGCAAUAUCAAAAUCAUGACUUUUUUAGAAGAUACGUUAAUUGUAUUGAUAUCUCAAGCAAUAUUCUUCAUAGGAGGUUGGAUAUUUUUUGUCAAACAACUAUUCCGUGAUUAUGAAGUACAUCACACUUUGGUACAACUUAUAUUCUCUGUUACAUUUGCACUCAGCUGCACAAUGUUUGAACUAAUUAUAUUUGAGAUUAUCGGCUAUUUGGAUUCAAGUUCAAGAUAUUUCCACUGGAACCUGGGUCUUUAUUCACUCCUAUUCAUGGUGAUUGCGUUGAUCCCCUUCUAUAUUGCAUACUUUUGCAUCAGUAAUAUACAGUUCUUAUCAAGAUCACACAUAAGACCUUUGACAAUGUUCGUGUGGUUUAUAUAUUUGUACUUCUUUUGGAAGAUCGGCGAUCCAUUUCCUAUACUGAGUCCUAAACAGGGUAUAUUUUCAAUAGAGCAAGGCGUGUCUCGCAUUGGUGUUAUAGGUGUGACAGUUAUGGCAUUGCUCUCUGGUUUUGGUGCAGUCAACUAUCCUUAUACAUCGAUGGCUAUAUUUAUAAGACCAGUCACACAAUCAGACGUUCUAUCAAUCGAGAAAAAACUACUCCAAACUAUGGAUAUGAUACUUGUGAAAAAGAAAAGGAUAGCGCUAGCGGAGUCGAACAGUGUGGGAGCGAGACAGAACUAUAGUAUGAUGGAUCAGUCCUCGGUGAAGAAUAGAGGUUUCUGGACGAAUAUAUUGUCGAGUGUUGGCAGUAUUGCUAACCCUUUGAGUCAUGGGAAUGAGAAUAUAAGUCAACUAAAACAAGAAAUAUCGGGUUUAGAAGAAUUAAGUAGACAGUUAUUCUUAGAAGCGCACGACGCUCGAACUAUGAGAGAGAAGAUUGAAUGGUCUAAAACAUUUCAGGGGAAAUACUUCAAUUUCCUGGGCUAUUUCUUCUCUUUAUACUGCAUUUGGAAGAUAUUUAUCUCAACAAUAAACAUAGUAUUCGACCGUGUAGGUAAGAAGGACCCGGUUACACGUGGUCUAGAGCUAGUAGUACAUUGGCUUGGUUGGAACAUUGAUCUAGCGUUUUGGUCUCAACAUGUGUCGUUUAUAUUAGUUGGAUGUAUCGUACUUACUAGUAUAAGAGGAUUGUUACUCACUUUAACAAAGUUCUUCUACAAAAUAUCGUCAUCAAAAUCAUCGAACAUCAUAGUGCUAAUACUAGCUCAAAUAAUGGGCAUGUAUUUUUGUUCAUCCGUACUUUUAAUGCGUAUGAAUAUGCCUCCAGAGUACAGAAUCAUAAUAACUCAAGUGUUAGGCGAUUUACAGUUUAAUUUUUACCAUCGUUGGUUUGAUGUUAUCUUCUUAGUUAGUGCAUUAACGAGUAUUUUUACUCUGUAUUUAGCUCAUAAACAACCGUCUGUUAAUUAAUUAUGUUUUGUUAAUAUAGGAAUAAGUUUUGAGCCAAGCUCGUGUUUAGAAUUGAUUGUAAUAAGAUUAAAUUCAUUAAAAGACAAAUACAUUGAAAUGGAUUUAAAAGUCAUAUUCCAUUCCAAUUAAUGUUUGUAACGGGUCCGGCUCGAAGGAUCAUUUGUGAAACGGAUUCAUAUAAUAUUCUUGGUUAAAUAUGACCUUUUUUGUAAAUGAUUUUGUAAUAAAAAAGCGCGUUUGUGCCGAGCACACGUGUAAGAAGUGAAACUUCUUUGUCAAGAAUCAAAUAACUAUAUGUACAAUAAUUUUCGCCUUACUCCAUGACGUAUUGCUAUGACGCGACCUUGAAAUUUUACUCUCAAAGCGUCCAAAGAAGUUUCACUUCAAAACAAAGAAAAAUUAAUCUAAUCCUCUUCUAACAAUUAUUCGAGUUGUUUCUUUUGAAUUCGUGUAAAAGUAAUCGGCAAAAAUAGAGGAAAUAUUCAAUAUAGGUACCUACAGUGUAAUUAUGUCGUAUUAUGUCGUAAUUCGUGAAUUAUGUCGUAGCCUUUUCAUAAACUAUAAU